AUGGCGGACGAGUUCAAGUUUUUCGGUCUUGGCGGCUGCAAUGAGGUGGGGCGGCUGUGCCACAUCAUCGAGUACAAAAACAAGGUGAUCAUGCUCGACGCCGGCAUCCACCCUGCCCUCUCGGGCCACCUGCUGUUCCCCUUCUACGACGAGUACGACUUGGGUAAAGUCGAUAUCUUGUUGAUUUCCCAUUUCCACUUGGACCACGCUGCUUCGCUUCCGUAUGUGAUGCAACACACUCGUUUCAAAGGGAAGGUAUUCAUGACCCAUGCUACUAAAGCUAUUUACCGGUGGUUGGUUAAGGAUUUCGUGUCUGUGACCCUGAUUGGUGGAGACAGACAAGGGGCCACUGGAGGCAGUGACGAGCCGCUGAACUUGUACUCUCACGACGAUAUUAUGAGAUCUCUCGACGGUAUUGAGACGGUUGACUACCACCUGACUUUGGAAGUCGAUGGUAUCCGUUUCACCGCGUACCACGCCGGUCACGUGUUGGGAGCGUGUAUGUAUUUCAUUGAGAUUGGUGGGCUUAAAGUGUUGUUUACCGGUGACUAUCUGCGUACGGAAAACCGCCAUUUACACGCGGCGGAAGUACCUCCCCAAAGACCCGACGUCCUCAUUUGCGAACUGACAUUUGGUACCGGGACUCUUGAGCCGAGAAAGGAAUUAGAAGCGAAGUUGGUCAAGUCCAUCCAUGCCACGUUAGCCCGUGGUGGUCGUGUACUUUUACCUGUUUUCGCUCUUGGUAACGCCCAGGAAUUAUUGCUUAUCCUCGAUGAAUACUGGCGCCACCACUCUGAAUUACAAGGGAUACCCAUCUACUUUGCGUCGCUGCUUGCCAAGAAGUGUAUGGCCGUCUACCAAACGUAUACUUCGAUUAUGAAUGAUCUGAUAAGGCUUACGGCUACCGGAGCCAGUGCUAACCCUUUUGACUUUAAGUACGUCAAAUUGAUUAAAGACUUGCUGAGGUUUACCGACUUUGGACCCCUGGUGAUGGUGGCUACUCCCGGUAUGCUUCAGGCUGGGGUAUCACGCCAAUUACUCGAACGGUGGGCGCCCGACCCAAAGAAUUUGUGCAUUUUAACUGGUUACUCCGUCGAGGGGACCAUGGCUAAAGAAAUCAUCAAGGAGCCAGCGACAAUUCCACUGAUAUCCAACCCUGAUGUCCUGAUUGCCCGUAAUAUUAAAGUAGAUGAGAUCUCGUUUGCUGCUCACGUUGACUUCCAAGAGAAUACCGGUUUCAUCGAUAAAGUACAGCCGCUGAAGAUCAUUUUGGUCCACGGUGACUCGGUGCCCAUGGGGCGCUUAAAGUCGGCAUUACUCUCCAAAUACGCUCUGCGCAAGAACUCUGAGCGUGAAAUCAAAGUGUAUAACCCCAAGAACUGCGAGGAAGUGGCAAUUGAGAUUAAGGGGUUGAAAGUGGCUCGAGUACUUGGCCAAUUAGCCGAGGAAGAGCUUGUGAGAGUCUCAGCAGUGGUGGAAUCAGAAGUGGGUCCCUUUGUCAAACAGGAACCCGAGGAUGAUGACGCUAGAUUGAAGAUUGAAGAAAUCACUGAUACUGCGAUAAAACAAGAGGAUGAUGAAGAUACGCCCAUGAAGCAAGAAGACGAUUCCUACGAACCGUCAGUAAAGACCGAAACGGAACCGGUAAAGACUGAAGCCGCCGAUCCAGUGAAGACUCAAGCGGAACCAGUAAAGACUGAAGAAUCCGACUCAGUGAAAAAGGAAGAUCUCGAUGAGCUUAAGAUCAAUGCUGGGCCCGUCACCGGUGUGCUUGUGGCCAAGGACUUCGAUUUGAACCUUCUCAACUUACAAGAUCUUCACGAAUACACCAACUUAAGCACGCUGAUGGUGAAGCUGAAACUCAACUUGAGAAUUGAGGCCGACACGCUGUUAAUUCAAUGGCAUCUAGAACAAAUGUUUGGCCAUAUCACCGUGGCUAUCGACAAUGAGACCACUUGGGAAGCAGUGAUUAUGGAUAUGGUGGUGGUGACGGCAGACAAGACGACGGCGCCAGCGAUGCUUGUGGUUGUCGAAUGGAUCAACGAUAACUUAAUGGCUGAUUCGCUCGCCGAUUCGGUGGUGGCGAUCCUCUACUCGGUGGACUCGUCGCCGGCCUCCGUGAAACUUUCGCUGGGACUGUGCUCCCACAGCCACUCCCACGCCAAUAACCUGGCUGAACUGCAACUUGACGGCAUUGUGGCGUUAUUGCGGUCUCAGUUUGGCGACGCGUUGACGAUUAAUGAUAAUACUGCCGAUAUCAAAAUGGGGAAAUUUGAGGCGACGAUCGACUUGCACACGCUCGCGGUGACGUGCAAACUGAAACCGUUGAAGGAUCGAGUGGAGACGAUUGUCCGCCAAGGCCUGCAAAUGGCAGCUCCCUUGGCUUUUGCGCCAAAGAAUUGA